AAGAUGAUCCUCACGCAGUGCGCCGUCUGCGCCACCGAGCUUGGGCUAACCUUGGGCAAGAAAUGCGGCCGCUGCAGCACGCGCUACUGUGGGCCCGAAUGCCAGGUGCAGCACUGGAAAGAAGGCGGGCACGACAAGCUCUGCAAAUUGAUAAAGAAAGCAGGCGGCGCUGAGCGAUACUACGCAAAUAACAAGUACGCGGAGGCCGUAUCUGUCGCGGCGGAGGCGUGCGCGGAGGACACCAAGGGCCAGACGUGCUACAUCUGCACGCAGGCCUUGCAUUGGAAGACGAAAGAGGGCCUCGUGCGCAUGUGCGCGUGCCGCGGGACGGCGGGUUUCGCACACGUGUCGUGUCUAGCGGAGCAGGCUAAGAUUUUGUGGGCCGAGGCUGAGGAGAACAAUUUGGGCUUCAAGGUGAUGACUGAGAGAUGGGAGCGGUGGCACACGUGCAGCCUGUGCGAGCAACGGUACCACGGCGUCGUGGCGUGCGCGCUCGGGUGGGCGUGCUGGAAGACUUAUGUGGGCCGGCCGGAGACGGGCAUGGCUCGGAGCUUGGCGAUGAGCCUGCUUGGGAACGGUUUAUCCAAUGCAGGACACGACGAGGACGCGUUGUCCGUGAGAGAGGCCGAUUUGGUCAUGCGGCUGCGAAUUGGCGCACCAGAACGGUGCCUACUCCUCGCGCAGAGCAAUCUUGCAAACACGUAUCAAAGACUCGGACGGCUCGAUGACGCCCUACGCCUGCGGCAAGACGCAUACUUUGGAACUCUGAGGCUCGACGGCGAGGAAAGUAGAAAUACUUUCUUGGAAGCCAACAACUACGCGGCAGACCUUCGCUGUCUGGAGCGCUUCGAAGAAGUGAAGAGACUGCUGCGCAGAUUGAUGCCCGUGGCGCGGCGCGUUCUUGGAGAUAAUGAUAGACUUACGCUCAAAAUGAGCUGGAAUUACGCGACGGCGCUCUACAUGGACGAUGGAGCCACGGUCGAUGAUCUCCGCGAGGCCGUGACGACGCUCGAGGACACGGACCGGAUCGCGCGGCGCGUGAUGGGUGGCGGGCACCCGCUCACACUUGAUAUUCAGGAUUGCUUGCGAAACGUACGAGCCACGCUCGCCGCCCGCGAGGCGCCACUGGGGAGCGCGUAAGCCUGUUACCCCGCCCAGAC